UCGGCUACCUAUGCAAUCAUCUUCAUGCUGGGCGCACAGGUCUUCAGUGCCUCCAUGAACGUUUCGAUUCGACUUUUGGAGAGCGCUUCUACCCACCUUCAUCCACUGCAGAUUUUAUUCGUACGGAUGAGCAUCACUACACUCGGCCUCACUUUGUGGUUGUGGACGCAGAACAAGCCAAGCAACAUCCUGGGGAGGCGGGAGAACCACUCCUUGCUAUACCUCAACCUCAGCGAAGCAACCGUCAUCACAUUUAUGAUGCCCCUUGUUGCUAGUUUUGGCGGCCACAUGCUACUUGGGUCCUCGUUCUCGGGGCCCGAGAUCUUGCUUUCGAGCAUCUCCCUUUCCGGGGUCCUACUCGUCGCGAGUCCGGAUGCCCUCUUUGCUGCCAACGACAUGGACACGACUGAAGGCGAGUCCGACACGGCGAGCAUGGCAUCUCGCAUCUGGGCCAUUUGCGCAGGGCUGUUGGGUGUCUGUGGCUCGGCCGCGGCGUUUCUUUGCAUGUCUGCCAUCGGCAAGAUGGAGAAUCCCCUGACAGUCGUCAACUACUUUGCCGCCCUGUGCACUGUUGUCAGCUGCGUUGCGCUGACUGUGCUGCCUAGCCUGGGUUUCCAGACUCCCGGCGAUCUUUGGGAAUGGCUGCUUUUACUCUUCAGCGGCGUCAGCGGUUUCUUGAUGCAACUUCUCAUCACAUUGUCACUGCAGGCCGAGAAGUCUCUUGUGGCAGUCAACAUGGUUUACACCCAAAUCGUAUUUGCGCUUGCCCUGGAUGGCGUCGUCUUCCAUACCAUACCGCACGCCGUGUCAUUCGUGGGCUGUGGUUUAAUCUGCGGAUCGGCCGUGUUUUUGGCGUGGCACAAG